AUGUCCGACGCAACCCACACCUACAAGUUCAACAUCGCCAUGUCCUGCGGCGGAUGCUCAGGUGCUGUCGACAGGGUGCUGAAGAGGCUCGACGGGGUCCAAAGCUACGAGGUCUCGCUCGAGAACCAGAAUGCCACCGUCGUUGCCGGCCCUGACUUGAGCUACGAAAAGGUCCUCCAGACGAUCGCCAAGACGGGCAAGAAGGUCACGGCCGGCGAGGCCGACGGUGUCUCGCAGAGCAUUGAGGUCCCUUCGGCAUAG